AUGAGUAAAAAAGGUCAAAGCAACGUUGCUACUACAGUAGAUACUCAGAUAAAGAAAGUAGUUUGGACUGAAAAAAUGCUAGAAGAUUAUCUUGACAUAUGUAUUACUGAGAUUCAUGCUGGUAACCGCCCAGGAACACAUUUCAAUAGGACAGGAUGGAAAAAUGAAGUUCCAGAAGCAACCAAGUUUCGCACGACAGGUUUGGCUUAUGCUAUGAAGGUGGAGAUAUUGUUUAGAGAUAUAACUGCCACUGGGGAGGGAUCUUGGGCACCAUCCAUAGGGUUGGUUCCUAAUGAUAUUGGAUCCAUAGAUAGUACAGAAGUAAUGCUUAAUGAAGAUGACAAUGUUGUAGAAGGUUUAGAUGUUUUGGAUGAUGAACCAAAUCUCAAUACACAUGGCAUUGAUGAUAUUCCUGCUGAUUUAGAUACGCGGGAUAAAGGAAAUAAGAAGUUUGGUCUUGCGGUUCAAUGUAAGAAAAGAAAUAAAGGAGUUCAAAUUGUUAGUGAACAUUUGAGUCGUAUUUGUGAUGUAAUAGAAAGUAAGAAUACAGUGACAUCCAAGAGCUACGAUAAGCCUGGAUGUAAUAUUGAAGAGGUAAUGGAUGUUGUUCGGGGGAUUGCUGAAAGAGAAAAUGACAUUGAUAUCCUUAAGUUUGCAACAGAUGUAUUCCUUAAGAGAUCACAUAAAGAGAUGUUUGUGACUAUUAAAGAGCCAUGGUUGCAGAUUGACUUUAUCAAGCGAAUGAGAAAUAGAGAAAUUAACCGUCGUAGCAUGGAUUAA